GUGAAGAAGAUGCACAAGCAAGUAUUGUUGUAUGUUCAUGCUGAUUUUGUCAAUUCAUCUUAAGUCUUGAUUGAGGCAAUUUCUUUUGUUCAACACUUAUUCAUACAAGCGAAGAAAAAAGUAUACAAAGAGAAACAACUCCAAGUGUAACCGCUGAAGUCUACUGACAUACUUUUGGAAAAAAAUCUGUUUAAGAGGAGAGUGAAGACAUGAGUGAUCCAGGGCCAUGCAGAAUAAAAGAUGAAGAUAUUGAGGAACAAAGAGACUUGAUAAGAGUGAAAGAAGAAAGUCAAGAAUUGAAUGGUGUGGAGGAGAAACAUCAGUAUCAGACAUUUGAUACUUUCAAGACUGGUGAAGUAUAUUUCAGUGGCUCAAAAACUGAAAAUAAUUUCUCACAGAAAAGAAGUCGAAAAACAAGAGCCAAAAAAUCUUUCACUUGCUCUCACUGUGGAAAGAGUUUCACACAAACAGGAAACCUUCAAACUCACUUAAGAAUACACACUGGAGAGAAGCCUUUUAAAUGCUCUCAAUGUGGGAAAAAUUUCACGCAAAAAGGAAGCCUUAAAACUCACUUAAGAUUUCACAUGGGAGAGAAGCCUUUCACCUGCCUUCAAUGUGGUAAGAGUCUCUUAUGUCAAAGAAACCUUAAGAUUCACAUGAGAAUUCACACUGGAGAGAAGCCUCACACCUGCCAUCAGUGUGGAAAGAGUUUCUCUGUGAUCGCAAACCUUAAGAGUCAUCUUCGACUUCACUCCGGAGAGAAGCCUUUCACCUGCCUUCAGUGUGGAAAGAAUUUUACACAGAGAGGACAUCUUGAUGUCCACAUGAAAAUUCACACUGGAGACAAGCCCUUCAAGUGCCAUCAGUGUGAAAAGAGCUUUACAAUUAAUGGAAAUCUUCAGCGUCACAUGAGAAUUCACACUGGAGAGAGUCCUUUCACCUGUGCUCAGUGUGGAAAGAGUUUCAAACAAGCAGGCAAUCUCACAGUUCAUCUGCGCUAUCACUCUGGAUUAAAGCCAUUUAAAUGUGAUCAGUGCAGCAAGAAAUUUCCGCUGGGAUCACAGCUAAAGGUGCACAUGAGAACUCAUACUAAUGAGAAGCCUCACGUGUGUUCGUUUUGUGGAAAGAAUUUCAAAACUUCAGGAAACCUGAAAUCACAUGAGAGAGUGCAUACUGGAGAGAAGCCAUAUCACUGUACUUCAUGUGGGAAGAGUUUCAGCCACUCAAAUAAUCUACAGACUCAUUUAAAAAAUCAUUGUCCAAAACAUAUCUCUGCUCUGUUGGUUUACAAUCGUCUGACACUCAUUAACAUCAUUAAUACUGUUGAUAAGCUGUUUAAACAAGAACUAAGAGGAUUGUGCACCUACAUUCCUCCCGUUCUGUUAACUAUACCAUCAUGUUUACACCUGCUUGUGCUCUUCACUGGAGAAAACAUCAGAGAAGACGUGGAACGCAAGGAAAUCUCAUUCCAUGCUGGAAAUAUUCCCAUCAUCCUUGAAGUGACCUUUGGCUUCAAUCAAGUGGGAAUAACUCAUUCAGAGUUUGUGACCGCACAUUCAGAGUUUAUUAAAGAGGAGAAGGAAGACAUCAGUAUUCCAGAUCUAGAAAUGCCACCACAUUACCAUAAACUCAGAGCUGGAACUCCUCAGAUUCAGUCUUAUUCUUUCCAGACUCAGUCUACUGGCGUACUAUUGCAAAAAAUGAAGUUUGUUAAAGAGGAGUUUAAAGAGGAGAGUGAAGACAUUAGUGAUCCAGAGCCACGUAGAAUGGAACAUGAAGAUACUGAAAAACAAAUAGGCUUGAUAGAAGUAAAAGAAGAAAGUCAAGAACUGAAUGACAUGGAGGAGAAACACCAUCAGUAUCAGACAUUUGAUAAUUUCAUGACUGGUGAAGAAUCUUCUACUGGCUCAAAGACUGAAAAUAAAUUCUCACAGAAAAUAACUCUAAAAGCAAAAGCCACAAAUUAUUUCACCUGCUCUCACUGUGGAAAAAGUUUUACACAAAAAAGAAACCUUAAUGCUCACUUAAAGCUUCACACUGGAGAAAUACCCUUCACAUGUCAGCAGUGUGGAAAGAGUUUCCUACUAAAAGGAAACCUUGGCAAUCACUUAAAAAUUCACACUGGAGAGAAACCUUUCUCAUGCUUUCAAUGUGGAAAAGGUUUUGCAGUUAAAAGAGACCUUAAGUGUCACAUGAGAAUUCACACAGGAGAGAAGCCUUUUACGUGCCUUCAGUGUGGAAAAAGUUUCACGAAGAAAGGACAGCUUGAUGUUCACAAGAAAAUCCACACUGGAGAAAAGCCCUUCGCCUGCCAUCAGUGUGAAAGGAGUUUCCGAGAGAAAGGAGAUCUUAAGCGCCACAUGAGAAUCCACACUGGAGAGAAGCCCUUCACCUGCUCUCAAUGUGGAAAGAGUUUCAAACAAGCCGCCCAUCUCACAGUUCAUCUGCAAUAUCAUUCUGGAUUAAAGCCAUUUAACUGUGAUCAGUGUGGAAAGAAAUUUAUGGUGGCAUCACAACUAAAGGUACACCUGACAACUCACACAAAUAAGAAGCCGCACGUGUGUUCUUUUUGUGGAAAGAGUUUUGCUAACUCAGGACACCUGAAAUCACACGAGAGAGUGCACAGUGGAGAAAAGCCAUACACAUGCACUUCAUGUGGGAAAAGUUUCACCCAAUUAAGUAGUCUAAAGACUCAUUUAAAAAAGCGUUGCCCAAAAUUAUCAUUGUGAACAAAGUUCAUUUCAGGGUCAACACAUAUUUAAUGUAACAACAUCAGUCAGUUCACUAGAUCUGUUUGAAAGUUAUAAAAUCAUUUAUUAGAACAAAAAAGAACCUUAAAUGUUAGGAACAAAAAAUCCUAAUAUGCAUAAAAAGAGGUAUCUACGAUAUUUGAUGUCAUUAGAAUGACAGGAUUAGCCUUUAGCAUAUCGCAUAUAAAGUGAAGUUAUUUAGGCAUAUGACCUAAUCUUUCAUUUCCAUUUAGUCAGUUAGCUGUCACUUUUAUCCAAAGCGACUUACAAAUUAGGAACAUAGCAAGAAAUUUGUUGUACAACAGUCAACAAUAUCUGUCAGGUUCUUAAAGUUGCUGGAGUAGUAUAGAAGCUAGUGUAGAAGGAAUAGACAUGCAAGAUUUUUUAAUAUAAAUAUUGUUAAAUAUUAAGAAAGUGCAUUUAGUGUGGACUGGUUAAGUGCUCUCGGAACAGAUGUGUUUUCAGCUGGUUCUUGAAUGUUGUGAUGGUUUCAGCAGAUCGUGUGGAGGUUGGAAGCUUAUUCCACCAUAGAGGAAGAGAGAAAGUAAAUGAUUGUGAGUCCUGAUUGCCUUGGACUACUAGAGCAUCUGAAUAGAAUACCCCUUAUCCAAAGAACACCAGUGGGUAUUAUUAUACACCCAAGUAGCACACCUCGCAUGCUGUGUUCGACUGUGAUCGUGAAAUAGACUUUGUGCCUCUAUGUGAUGGGACCAUCAGGCGCUGCUCGUUCAUUGAUCGCAGAGAGUGAGUUGGGACAUGGACCUGGAGGAGUGAAUUUAAGUAAGUGGGUGCUGUUCCAAAGGCUGUCCUGAAGGCCAGCCAGAAGCACUGCAGUAGUCCAGUCUUGAAAUGACUAGAACUUGGACCAGGAGCUGUGCAGCAUAGAUAGACGGGAAAGUUCUGAUCUCUGAUAAUCCAUUCUGUUUAAUUGCUUGGAUUUAAUAUAGCUGGCAACUAAUUGAGAUUUUCAGUAUAGAAACGCAUACAUAUUCAUGUGGAAGCACAAGAAAUGUAAUGCAUUCUGGGAGGAAUGGAAAAUCAGUGCCUGGAUAGUGGACAAAGCGGCUUAGCACAAUCUUGUGAAAUGCGCUCCUCGCUCCUGUGAAAUUCUGAUCCCUACGCUCAGCUUGCAUGCUUUGAUAGCUGCAAGAACACGCAGAAUGCUGUUGAUGAAUGUUAUAUAUCAGGAUUGUUGGGAAAACGUGCUUGGUAAAUUAACUGAUGACCUGUGGCUGGCACAUUUCCACGUGCAGUGUCGCACAUUUGAUGUUCAUGCAAGAAACCAUGCAGUUAUAGAUUAGAGACAUUCAAAUCAAAAGAAGCUCAUUGGUCACUUGAAGAGAACUCAAGAGCCCGCUCCGACAAUAGAAAGAUUUGUUUCUGUCAUUCUUGAUGUCCUUUUCCUGGUGCUGGAACCAUUAACUCACCAGGGAGUCCUGACGGUCAAGUGAUUAACGACCUCCCGUGGGCAGAUGCUAAUGCAUGAUCCAUCUCUCACCUACUGCCCAUUGAUUAUGUUGAUUAAGCUCGCACCUGAAAAUCACUGGAAAGAAAUCUGCUGCUGUGAUGCUGUCUAAAGGGACAAAAACUGCAUGCAAUCUUGGAUGGCUUUUAGAAGAGAUGGGGAUUCCCUCAAUGUGCCGGAGCUAUUAAUGGUUCCCAUAUCCCGGUCACUUCCUGUGAUGAUGCAAAGGACUAUUUUAAUUGUAAAGAAAGUUACUUCAUCAUAUUAUAGCAGAUGUAAAUAAACACUACUGGUUUACCGAUAUCAAUGUGGGUUGGGCUUACAAUGUGCAUGAUGCAAGAGUGCUACGAAACUCCACCUUAUUGCAGCUGACAGAAAAUUAUGUUCUUUUUCCCAUUGGUCACAUGGUAAAUUUAAGGUGUACAGGUCCCUAUUUUGCUUCUAGGCGACCAUGCAUAUGCUUUCUGAGCUGGUAGAUGAAGCGAUUUCCAGACAAUUGACAUCUAACCAGAGAAGAGAGGCACUUCAACUACCAACUGAGCCAUGCACACAUUACUGUUGAAUGUGCUUAGGAAUGGCUAAAGGGGAGAUGGAGGUGUCUGCUGAAGACGGUGAAAGUGACAAAAAUGCCCCCUAAAUUCAAAAUAUAGAAGCAAAAAUUUCCCCCACAAUUCAUUUCUCUAUUUAGGUCUAAUUGUACACAUUAUUACAUAAAGUAUAAGCUGAUAUUGAUUGAAUUUCAUGGGUAAUCAAUUCUCAAUCUAGUUAUUUAUAUUGAGAAUGUAUGUGAAUCAUGGACAUGUCCCCCUCACUUUCAAUAAAACCAAAGUUCAUCCCCACACUUUUUCACAGGGUAAAUGUGUCUUUCAUACAGCAAAUAUCUAAAUGUGUAAGUACAAAAGUUAAAAUUCACUGGUCAAUCAUGUAAUUAAUUCAAUAAAAAAUUAUCGAUUGAGAGCCUUAAAAACAUACCUUGUAUAUUUAUGUUUGUCUUGAGCUAAUCUUUCUGUCCCCCUCACUUUUGAAAUGAUUGCUAUGCCCCUGAUGUUAAUCAUUUGAUUAAAUGUAAUUAUUUGACUUAAAAUGCCACCUUUUGUUUUGUCUUUGGUUGGAAAAAGAUUCCCCCUGAAAAUCAAAUCCAGGGGGCAAGUGUCACCCCUUAAGGGAAAAGUUAUUUUCUGACCCUGAUGAGUGUAUAUUUUAUUUCAUAUUUUGCUUUAAUAAUUUUAAUCUAAUUUUUUUACAUUUUAAUCUAAAAAUGUAUAUGAUAUCAUUUUUUAUUGUUGUUAUCUGUUGUCACUAUUUUACAUUUCAUGCAUGUUUAAUACAAAAUGUUCACAAGGUUGUAUAUGCAAAA